UGGCAAUAAGAGGCUUCCUGCUGGCAGAGCCGAAACCCCUCGUUGGCUCACGCUCACUUCCAUUCACAUCAGCUUGGCUCAGCUCCCGCAGCCGGUCAUUUGAGUUCGGUUGAGUUAUUAUGUGUGUGUAUGGAAGUUAUUUCUCAUACUGUCUGUUGCCGAUAUCCUUUUGGUAUCCCCAACUUCUUUACCCUUUCAUCCUCUGCUGCAUGUAAAGUCAUUUGCGAUACAAAGAGCCCCUGUUACUCUCCCUGCUCUUGACAUAUCGCGCGUCUUUGUGUCUUUGUAUUGACCUGUUUCAUCCCUUCGCUAUCAGCCAGCCCAGCUUCUGGUUCAACUCGGGUCCGAUUCGUACAGCCCGAGUCCAAGCUCAACCCUGCCCAAGACCAAGACGGCCCGCCCAAAGCCAGGCCGGGUUCAGCGGGUGGUUUAAAGAGUGGUGCAUCUCCACGCUAUUUGUACCAUUUCUUCCCUUCCCGUGACAUUGACGCCCACCAACAAUGGAGCAAGAAUUCUUGUAUAUGGAUUCUCUACUCUCCUAUAUGUUGCAAGGUUAGAAAUUCAAAUUCACUUCACUUCUCUACCUACUAUUUUGGACACUGUUUCCUUGCCUUGCCUUUGUCUUUUCUUGCUUCUGCCACACUCUAGCCGAAUCCAAUGUCCCCACGUAUUCAAUGGUAGCAAGUCAACUCCUGACGUUCCUUUGUAACCGAUUGAAAUAGGCAACGCAGACUUGUUUUUGGACUCGGCAAACGCCUAUUACUCUCCUCCGAUAACAAUCUCCAUGUCAACCACCACGAGGAUAGUGUCACCUCCUGAUUUUGCUGGAGCUGGAGCUCCACACCCAAAUACACAACCGCGUUCGCGUUCUCAGAGGACAAUCGACUUGGAGAUUGAUGAAAUCAGUGCCAGUGCCAGUGCCAGCGCCAAUACCAGUGGCAGCAGUGGCAAUAGCAGCAGCAGUGGUGGUGGUGCGAGCCGCUCCCACAUUCGCCAGACAACAACAUCAUCGUCUUUACCUCUAACGUACCUCUCUUUGCCACCAUUGAUUUCCAACUCUCGCCUCCGUACUUAUCGAACUCCAAGCCCGUUAACAACCACCCAACGGCCGAGGCACUCCCAUUCCCCUCCAUCCCAGAAUAUCCAAACAUCACCUUGGGGAGAGCCAGCGAGCGCAUCAUCAACACACAUUGAGCUUCCGCCAAUAGGUUCCUGGGAGAAUGGCCACCCCGAGUCUUUGCAUAACGCCGAUUUAGAGAAUUCACUGCUCGCUUCCGAAAUCGAAGACAAUUUCCUCGCCGACCUUGCUGAUGGUGAUUUUUCGUCACCUUCAUCGUACCCACCGUUCACGAACCCCGAUUCACGGCCGAGUCAGUCCCAUAGCGUAAGCCUUCAAUCAACCGUUCAGGCUUCCACGCCGCAUCGUGCAUUCCGCAACACCACCGCAUCCACCAACACCACUACAAGUACAACGGCCACUGCUGCUCCACGAGAAUUAUCGUCCACCAACUGCAUCCUCCACCCUUUCGGCCCUGAGCGAACAACAACCCAGCUCUCCUCGGCUAGCAACUCUACUGGCGAAUCUCAAGCAUCGCUGCCUGUUUUCGACUCCCUCGAGGAGAACGACUUCUUCUUUGACAGUCCCGCAAGCUCCUUCUCUGAAGCUAUGCCGCCCGCGACUCGGCGGAGUACUACAGCUGCGGCUGCUCGAACUGGUUCAGCGCACGCGAGUAAGCGACGACGAACAUCGACGACUGCUGCACCCGCGGCCCCCCCAAGACCGACGUCGAGACAGAGAAAGUCACCCGCAACCAGAAAAGACAUGGAUGUUGAAGAGCUAUUUGGCACAAGCCCUACUCGUUCCCCCAUCGACGUUGAACCCAAAGCCGAAUUCGACACCAUCGAUCUAACCGAGAACAACGAAGUGUUCGAGGAAGUCCGAAAGCCAGAAAAGGAUGAUCGCGUCAAGCUUGCUGCCUUUCAAUGUGUCAUCUGUAUGGACGACUGCUCUAACCUGACAGUCACACAUUGUGGUCAUCUAUAUUGCGCUUCUUGCUUGCACCAGUCUCUUCAUGUCGACGUCACCAAAGGAAAGUGUCCCAUGUGCCGUCAAAAACUUGACAUGAAGCCUCGGGAGAGCUAUAACAGCAAGACCAAGGGAUAUUGGCCCCUUGAACUGAAGCUCAUGACUGCCACACGGAAAGGAAAGCGCAAGGCCAAUACACUGUCCUGAUGUGAUCGACAACCAUCUACAACGGCGAAGGUUGUGAUUCUCUGAACUCAUAGCGCAAUUGAGUACUUGUUUCAGAGUUUGAUGGCUAACCCUAAUGCACCAACGUUGUUGCUACGUGGCACUCCGUUUAAUCGGCAUCCGUGGAUACUUGGAACUCGUCACAGGUACGGGAUUGUGCUAACCGCCACACGCCCUCGUGGCUUAUAUAGUGUUUUUUUCUUUAACGUUACGGCGGGCGGGUCACUUUGGGGCGCCAGAUGAAGAUACCCAGCAUUUACAGGGAUAAGGGGAACAUAGGACUGCAUUGAUUUAAUACGCGACUACGGUUGUUGCGUCGCUCAGGAAAUGGCGCACUCGGAGUAACUACCCUACCUUAGGUAGGCGAGGGAUACGUAUCGUGCCGUACCCAUGGAAAGGACACAGACUCAUCCAUAGGGUUAACCAUUUGGUGUUUAGGCAACAGUAUAUGGCACAUAGACUUUAGACCUCUGAUACAGUUUGAUUUGCUUUGUGCCGACCCUAGGUGUCGAAUAUUUGAAGCAGUCAUUAUGAAUCGAUAUGUAAGAUGUCAGAAUAUGUGAAACCCAUUUGUUGAAAGCAUACC